ACAGCUGCAGCAGCAGGACUGUCCCCUGCCGCGUCUCCGGCCCCACUGCACAUCAGGCCGAAGGAGAUCAUGGACGUUUCAAGUCCCAGGGCUGAAGCUUCAUCAGCGGAGCCUAGUUCCAAGCUUUUCUGCUGCAGAUCCGUGAGGCGUUGCAUCCCUCUGGUAUAUAGACAGGAGCUCUACCACAUCCUGUGCAUGACCGGACCCCUGGUUGCAUCGCGCAUUCUGAAUUAUCUCCUGCCAUUUGUCAUAACAAUGUUUUGCGGUCGCCUGGGAAACAGUGUGCUGGCUGGUUACGGAAUGGCUUCAGCUACGAUAAACAUAACAACUGCGGCUACAGGUGGAGGUCUUGCGCUGGCGGCUGACACCCUUAUCUCUCAGACUUUUGGGGGGAAGAACCUGCACCGUGUUGGCAUCAUCUUGCAGAGGAGUGUCCUGAUCCUCCUGAUCUUUUGUUUGCCAUGUUGGGGUCUGCUCAUCAACACCCAGCCCCUUCUCCUGCUGCUGGGUCAAGAUCCAGAGGUGGCCAGGAUAGCUCAACUCUAUGUGGUUUGUUACCUGCCAGCAGUUCCAGCUAUGUUUUUGCAUCAGCUGCAAGUAGCCUAUCUCCAAAACCAGGGAGUGAUUCUGCCUCAGAUGUAUGCGGCCAUUGCAGCCAACAUUGCAAAUGUGGUGACAAACUACAUCCUUCUGAACUGGUUGGACCUUGGUUUAUAUGGAUCUGCUGCUGCCAAUACCAUAUCUCAGCUCUACAUUUGUGUUUUCCUCUAUUUAUAUAUUCGCUGGAAGGAUCUCCAUGUUGAAACAUGGGGAGGCUGGUCAUGUGCCUCACUGCAGGAGUGGGAUGGAUAUAUGAAACUGGCUAUCCCCAGUACCAUGAUGCUCUGCUUUGAGUGGUGGAUUUAUGAGGUUGGAGGAUUCUUAGCAGGCAUGCUAGGAGAAUUGGAUCUGGCAGCUCAACAUGCAGUCAUUAUGCUGGCUUUUAUAAACUACAUGUUUCCAUUAGGAAUUCAAGGUGCAGCGUGUGUACGUGUGGGAAAUGCACUCGGAGCAGGAGAUACGGCCGGAGCCAUCCGCACCAGCAAGGUGUCCCUCACCUGCACAGCUGCCUUGGCUGUUUUGCAAGGUCUUGUGCUUGCAUCAACAAAAACUGUGAUUGGUUUCUUAUUUACAUCAGACGGGCACAUUGUGGCGCUCGUCUCCAAACUCUUGAACGUCUAUUGUGUGCUUCAGUUCUUUGAUGGUCUUGUUUGUGUCUGCAUGGGUAUUCUGUUGGGUUCAGGGCAGCAGAAGAUUGCAGCUGUAGCUAAUUUCUUUGGGUAUUACUGCAUUGGACUUCCACUUGGCACCUCGCUCAUGUUUGCUGCGAAAUUGGACGUUGUUGGAUUUUGGCUGGGACUUCUCAUCUGUGUAUGUGUGCAGUCCAGUUUUUUCAUUGCAGUCAUUUUUAAGCUCAACUGGCAGAGAGUGACCAAAGAGGCAGUGGAAAGGGCUGGAAAACAUAAAAUCCCUGCAGUGUCGACUCCGGAUACUCUCACAGCGAGGCACAGAGAGAAUGGGGAUGAGUACAUGAAUAUGAACUCCAGUGAUCAGAACGAGGAGCCAGACGCGGAGGAAAAGGCGGCCGUUCUGCUCUCUACCUCUCAACUGGUCCUCAGAAGGGGUCUGACCACCCUCGCAGCUCUUCUCAUCCUGGCUGUAGGGAUAGUCGUCCAUCUCAUUGUGCCUUUACCUGAGGUGUCUUAUGCUGUCAGAGCAAAUACUACUUUGGACUCAAACUUUACAACGCCUUCAUCCUGAAAACCAGAGCAUAGAGCUGUAGCUGUUCGUACAUGUACCGCAGGGAUUCAUGCGGCAGAAAGUCACUUUUACGGUCACCUCGAAUGAAACAGUCCCAUCUGCUGACCAAAUUCUACAAUAAUGAAAAAGGAAAAUGCCACAAUCCUUUGAAAAAUUUUUUUCCUGUUUUACUCACAUACUCUGACACAUAAAUCCUUUUAUGUUAGAAUUUCAGAUUCUUAAAAGGAACAAAAUACAAAGCACUUUUGACAUGUAUUUCUAAACAUCAUAGCUUUGCAUAAUAUGCAACAAAUAUAACUGCAGUUUUUAAUCAUGAGCAGACUCUGAAUCAUAAAUUAUGUCAUCAGGCAUUCCUGAUUUGAUUUGAUUUGUUUUGCUUAAAAAAAAUGAUUAAAGGUGAAUAAUAAAACAGAUGUUCUGAUAUUCAUUCAUCCUUAGCACACAUCCUUAGUAUUUGAAACAAUUUAAAGAGAAUAAAAGGAGACAGGUGCAUGCAGAAUAUUUAUUUGGCAAAAGAUAGAAAUGUUUUAAUUAAAAUUGCUUGUAUAAUUUGGUACGCAUCAGAUAUUUGCGAUAUUAAAUAUUAUGCAUCUAUAGGAACUCAGUGCAGCUGUUACAACAUAUUUUUCUUAUUCUUUUUCUUGAAAUCUUGCCAGAAGUUUCAGCUUUGUGAACAUCACAUUGGUUCAAAGGUUGGUGUGAGGCACUGAGGAGGAAGGGAAAAACAUGUUAAUGUUUGCUUCUCUCCUUAAAAAAUUUAUGAAAUCGCAUCUACUGUAUACGAUGGUCCAACACAUCAUGAGUCUAAUAGGUAUUAGUCACUCAUGAAACUGAUUCUUGGACCCUGAUUGAUGAUUCACUGAUUUGUUUGUAAAUUCUUGUCUGUGAGAUGUACUGUAUGAAGAAACAAACCAAAAUAGAUGUACGGUUACAGUGACAUUACCGGCAAACGGCAAUCGAAAACCAGUUGUAAUGAUAAACAAAUCUUGGCUUUUAAAUGUUAAAGUCAUAUUUGUGGCUCUAGCUUGAAAGAGCAGCUGGAUGAAUCAUUUCACAUGGGUUAAUGGAGGAGGAUGUUAAGAAGAGGAAAACAGAUAACAUGUGAAUGGCUUGCAUGAGGCAAAAAUUAUUGUCACUGUAAUCUAAAGGUCAUUGAAAGUGACAAGAACAAAGGUCCUGUGGAGUAUCAAGUUUUAUGUAGAUUAUGUAUAAGCUUUUACACACUGAAAGCAUUAAUGUAAUUUAUUCCUUUAGUAUCACGUGAUCCUUUUGGAAAUCAUUCUAAUAUGCUGAUUUUCUGCAUAGUGUGCACUGCUUAAUUGUUUUUUUUUGUAAAAGCAGUUAUACACUUUUUCAUGAUGGUUUGACGAAAUAAGAAGUUCAAAACAUUUAUUUAAAAUAUGUUUUUGUAACAGUGUAAAAGCUUUUAAUGUCUCAAUGCAUUCCAAUUGCUGAAUAAAAGUAAAACUUGCUUAAAA